AUGGCAAUGCAUCUCGCCAGCAUGGUACACGGCAGCCCUCAUGGAUACGCCAUGUCGGGUGUUGCGGCCUCCUCAUACCCGGUACAACCACCGGCGCACACACAGCAAGUCGAGCAGCAAUACCGACAGCAAGUGCAACAACAACAACACCAACAGCCACAACCACAAAAGCAGCAACGGCCUCAGUCUCCUCCUUCACCCCCAGCCGAGGAGAAGAAGCCCUCCCUUCCGUCCAUCUCGAGUCUCCUCGAGUUUGCUGGUAACGAAAAGACGGCAUCCUCUGAUUCAGCUUCCCAGAGCCCUCAAUCACAGCAACGAAAGUCGGCAUCGCCUCAGCUGAGGCAGGAACAGCAGCCGCAACCACAAUACACUCCAGUCUCGGCCCCGAACACCUCACGGAUGACUCUGCCCCCGACUCCACCAAUGCAUCCCGACGUAGCACACGACGGUAACCAGUCCCCUUCGGCAGCAUCCAACCACUCUGCAGCUUCUACUCCUUACUUUGUCGGCGGUGCGCUCAACAACAUGGAGCCUCACCAACAACGACAGAACUUCUCGACAGUGCCUCCAAUGAAGCGCGACUCAAUGCAGUCGCACUCCAUGUCGCCCUACAGUGCUUCCAUGUAUGGCCAGUCUCCCUACCAGUCCUCUCCAGGAGCGGCGUCAUCAGCCUCAUUCUACUCGCCCGAGCAGCACUCGUACAACACCACUUCGCUCUACUCGCAGCGUCCUCUGCCCUCAAACUUCCAGCCGCACACCAUGCCUCUGCCUGUGCCUGUACCGAGCCCUGCCGCCAACGGCUCAAAUCCAUGGCAACAUCACCAUUACAUCAGCACUUCAAGCCAGUCACAAUUCCCGCAGCCACAGGACCGUUACAUUUGCUCCACCUGCAACAAGGCCUUUUCGCGCCCCAGCAGCUUGCGCAUCCACAGCCACAGCCACACCGGUGAGAAGCCGUACAAGUGCCCACAACCCGGAUGCGGCAAGGCCUUCAGCGUCCGCAGCAACAUGAAGCGACACGAGCGAGGUUGCCACGCAGCCUCCAGCACCACCCUGACGGCAUGA